AGAACAAUCUUAUGUAUACAACAACACUGAGAACGAAGACUCGACAAGAAUUCCACAACUUUGAACUUUCUGCUCUAAAAUCAACUGCCAUGCUUCGAAUAUACUAUUCCGACUGACAAGGAAGGAAAUCUGCCUCGAUGAACCUCGCAAAUCAGCCCUCGGAUUCAAAUUCGAAUCUUCUAUUUGUCAAUUUUAAUCAAGAUUAUACAUCCUUGGCAGUAGGCACAAAAACAAGCUACAGACUCUUCUCAUUGACAUCUGUGGACAAGCUAGAGCAGAUCUAUGAACAUGACUCUGAAGAUAUCUGCAUUGUUGAGAGGCUUUUCUCCAGUAGUCUGGUGGCAGUGGUGUCCCUCACAGCACCUCGUAAGCUAAAGGUCUGCCACUUUAAGAAAGGCACGGAGAUCUGUAACUAUAGCUACUCCAAUACUAUUCUAGCCGUCAAAUUAAAUCGCAAGCGAUUAAUAGUGGCGCUGGAAGAAAGUCUUUACGUUCAUAACAUUCGGGAUAUGAAAGUACUACAUACGAUACGGGACACCCCUCCCAACCCCCUGGGGCUGUGUGCCCUGUCAAUCAACAAUGAUAACUGCUAUCUGGCCUAUCCCGGAAGCAGUCAGAUCGGUGAGGUACAGAUCUUUGACACUGUAAACCUACAGGCGGUGACCAUGAUCUCGGCCCACAAUAGCCCACUAGCAGCACUGGCUUUUGAUACCACAGGGACAAAACUGGCAACAGCAUCAGAGAAGGGCACAGUGAUACGAGUAUUUUCCAUUCCAGAUGGCAAGAAAUUGUUUGAGUUCAGAAGAGGAGUAAAGAGGUGUGUCAGCAUAAAUUCCUUAGCAUUCAGCGCUGAUUCCAUAUUCUUGUGCGCAUCCAGUAAUACAGAGACGGUUCACAUCUUCAAGCUUGAACAGCCAAAAGAAAAACCUACAGAAGAGCCUUCAACAUGGAUGGGUUACCUUGGUAAAGCCUUGAUGACUCCUGCUAACUACCUACCUUCUCAAGUCACAGAGGUACUGACGCAGGACAGAGCAUUCGCUAUCGUCAAGCUACCCUUCUCAGGGCUCAAGAAUGUCUGUGCACUCGCUAACAUCUCAAAGCCUAGAGUCCUUGUAGCGGCUGCUGAUGGAUUUAUCUACAUCUAUAAUCUAGACCCAACUGAUGGAGGAGAUUGUACGUUACUCAAACAACACAGGUUAGACGGACAGGCUGAUGCAGGGGGCGGAGGACUCGUAGGAGCUACAUCAGGAGCAUCAGCAGGAGGAGAAGGAGCCAGCAGUGCUGGAUCCGAGGAGCAUAGUGAAGGAGCCGAAGCUAAGGGAGGAGUAUUGGGUGAGCAGGGGUUCUCGCCAGCUCCUGCUAAGACGUUUGCUGCGGCUACAGGGGGAUCCAGGAAUGUUGAUCUGCUUUCAUCAUCGCCACAUAGAAGUCCUGCUAGAGAACCAAUGUUACCUAGCACAGUAGACCACAGGCAUGAUGACCUAUUAGUAACGGCUGCUACAGAUGAUACCCAAUUCUCUUCCCCUGGGAUGGGACUCAAUCAACUACGUCUGGAUGAUGACAAUGAAUUCCCUCCCAUGAUGCAACACACAGAAUGAUCCCCCGUAAUAUGGUUCUGUUUGGCUAUUCAUAUAACAUUGCAUCACAUAUGGCAAGCCAUCUUUGCCAUGAAUUACAUUGUCCAAUGGUCUCUGAUAGGAUGGUGAAGCUUACUCACAAAUCUUAAAAAUAGUUAUUUUCUGCCAAAAAUAAAUUGUAGAAAAUGUAAGUUUUAUAGAUGAGAUUUGUGAGCAAAAUCUGCUCACUUCUAUGAGACCAUUGGCAAAGGCAGACAAUGUCAUGAAUGGCCUGCCAUAGAUAGAGUGCAAUGUUUUACAAUUUAUAUCCUUUAUGAUAUGCCAGUCUGGAUUCAUCUGUUGUGUAUCUCUGUGUUGAUGUUCUUGUGGCUGUGCAAAUUCCAAACUGACUCUGCUUGUCUACCUUAGAGUUGAUUUUUAAGUGCAAGUGGGCAUAUUGCUGUUAUUACUAAGAGGAUUAUUAACCAAGAUUCUAUUUAAACAACCUUCUCUUUCCCUUCCAAAAUUCAAAUAAUUAUUUUUUAAUAUCAUUAUCUCUUUUAGCCCAUCUGUUAUUCAUUUUCAAGAUAAAAAAAUUCAAACUACCAGUACAUUUGACUUAUAUAUAGUUGAUCAUACAUGAUUAAUGAAAUGGGAAAUUCGUGUGUAAGAAACAUCUGUUGUUUUAUGUCAUAUGUGUUUUGUUAUCAUACAGUGUUUUCCAUCAAUUUAUCCCCAAGAGUGAAAGAUUUUCUUGCUGCAUUUGCAAUGUAUAUUUUUCCUAGUCUGUUUUCACCAAACAAAUUUGCAAAUUGUUCUUAAAAUUGUGUGCAACUGCAGUCACUCCAGUUCUGUAAAUUGUUCUCCCAUCGGGCCCUGCUAUUAUUAUUACCCAGUCUCUAUCGGGGCUGCCUAGGCGCUCAAGCAUUCAAAGAAUUUCUUUCUUCAUGCCAGUUACCCAUUAACAUCACCUGUGUUGAGUGUAACACAAUACAAGUAAAUUUCUUGCUGAAGGAAAGCACACCAUGGCUUGGAAUAGAACCCACGUCCCUUAGAUUGAAAGACAAGAGUCCUGACCACUCGACCACAAGUUAUACAAAUGUCAAUUAUUAAUCAAUUAUGAACAUUUAUCAACCGAAAGAUCUCUGUGGAAGCUGUCUUUUCAAGGUUGUUUGAUCCUUUGGCAAUACCCUUACCUGAAUAUUAACAUGCUUGAAGAAUGAUAUAUGCUUGUUUCACUGUAAUUGCAUGUAUUCUGAAUGAUGGAUGCGCUACACAUGGCUAGUACAAGAAGAUCACUACAUUUCAGCAUAUCAGAAUCAUUCUAAAAGCAUUGAUUGGGCUUUUACGAAUGUCAUUUGAUGUGUAAUACCUUGGUCACAUUUGUUCUACGGCGGCCGUACGGCGAGUCGAAACCAGCCGUUUUAAAAAAAAUUUGUACCAGCUACAUAUACGGUAGGUGCUUUGGAUGAAAAUGAAUAAAACGACUGUUUUCGACUCGCCGUACGGCCGCCGUAGAGCAAAUGUGACCAAGGUAUAAUUCACAACAGGAAUUUUAUGUAGUGCUUGUAGGCCAGCCUUUUUUUUUCUAUUGAUAGAUAGAUAUUUUUUCAUGAUAUUGGACACAGUGAUUUUGGAGGAGGUAUAUAAUUCCAAUGGUGGAGGAAAAACAGUAAUUUUUAAUGAAAGAAUAUGUGACUGUUGAGUUGUAUAUUAUGUUGAACAAUACAUGUGUAAGUCAAGGAGAUGGAUGCAUGUCAAGUUAACAGUUGGAGGUUUCACAAAGACUCAAGUUGGACUCAUUAUUGAAUUCCAGGAAAUCAUUUCACCAGCCAUUUGUCAUCUGACCAGUAAGUUUUCAGAUCAGGCAUCUUUGUGAUUGACUGAGAAGCAAAGAUGUCUGAUUAUUGAUAAAAAAAGGCCACAGUGAAUUUUAGAUUAAACUCACAAAACAUCAAUAGUUUUU